GGAAGCUGUGUCUGUGUUGAUGAUGUCAGCAGAAAAUACCAACGAAGGUUUCCGUGGAUUCUACUGUUUCUAGGAGCUGGUGCUGUUGGGCACCUGGUGUUUGCCGCCACCUCCUUCUUCUUUUUGCAGCUGUGCUGAAAAGGCCAACCCAAAAUUAAUGAGUAAACAGGUCCUGUGAUACUCAUGCAGCACAUCUGAAAAAACAUGAAAUUCGUGUUACUUGCAGCCAUUGUUUGGUGUAUCCUAAUACCACCGUCUGAGGCCAGCAAGGCCUUUGAGGACAUCCGCUGCAAGUGUGUCUGCCCACCAUACAGGAAUAUUAGUGGACAGAUUUACAAGAAGAAUGUGUCCCAGAAGGACUGUAACUGCCUGCAUGUGGUGGAGCCUAUGCCAGUGCCAGGCCAUGACGUCGAGGCAUAUUGCCUGCUGUGUGAGUGCAAGUAUGAAGAGCGAAGCACCACCACCAUCAAGAUCAUCAUCAUCAUAUACCUGUCUGUGAUUGGAGCCCUUCUACUCUACAUGGUCUUUCUGAUGGUAGUGGACCCCCUCAUCCGCAAGCCUGAUGCCUUCACUCAGCGCCUGCACAACGAAGAAGAGACUGAGGAUACCCACUCGUUGGCAGCUAUACGCCCUUCUGCUGGCACCAGGGCGAACACAGUGUUGGAGAGAGUGGAAGGAGCCCAGGAGCGGUGGAAGCGUCAGGUGCAAGAGCAGCGGAAGACGGUGUUUGAUCGGCACAAGAUGCUGAGCUAGAGCUCACUGGGAGUUGACAACACAGGAGUGGGCAGCGGCUGCUGGUUAGCUAGGCAGAUGAUUUCUGUUAGCCAAUACAAACCCCAAGGCCUGUAGUUGAAAUCUGUUGCACCUGCCCUUUCGAGUUUGUUUUUGCUUGUUUCCUCUUCUCCACCCCCCACCCCCUUCAGUCCCGCCCCACAUCCAAGAACAAGCUACAUGGAAGCAAGCCACCAGCUGCAUAUCCCCAAAUCUUCCACCCUUAAGGCAGGAGUGUCCCCUACAUCUGCCCCCUUGUCUAAAACUAUGCUUCGCUCACCAAGCAGUGAGUAUUGCCGCUUGAUUUCUGUGUGAUCUGUGGAAGAGGGAAAGACCAACUUUUAGCUGCAGUAUGUAUCUGUUUGCCUUCCGAAGUUAUAAAUAACGGCAAAUUUUCCUCUGGGUCCAGUAACCUGCCCGGCACCAAUCUCAUUUACCGAUGAAAAAUGUGGCACUAGGGUUUGUUGGUUUGUUCAUUUCUUGUUUUAUAAACCGGUGGCUUGGUUUUCAGCUUGAAAUGGGUGUAUUAUUAAUGGAGCUGGAGUGGCAACAGCCUUGUUUGCUCCCCUGGCGUUAAGCUAAUGUAUGAAUCUUCAUUACAGCAAAAAGCUUACAGAGAAGUGGUCUGGUCUUACAUAGAGAAGAUUGGUUUGGGGAUCUGUCACUGUUUAUUGAAAGAUGAAAUGUUGGAAAUUAGUUUAGGAAAGGGAGCGGUUAUGUUUGCAUCGUGUGCCCUCAUAGGCAAUUCCUUCAGGGACUCUUUUCAGGCAAGGUUAAACUUGCACCAUAGAAACACAAAGAAGCAAGUUAGCAGAUUCAGAUGUAAUGCUUAGCACUUUGUGAAUGAGGCUGGGUGAGGUUUGGCUCCCCCCCCCCACACACACACACACUCCAGAGAGACCAAAGGCCAAUAGAUUUGUGCAUGCCUCUUUCACAUACAAAUUGAUGGCUGUUUGUUGCAUUCCCUUUGCAGACAACAAGAGUUAACUGCUCCUUAGGUUAGACCAGAGGUGGGCCAAAUGCAGCCCCCACCUCCCUGCUUCCAAGUUCUGGGAAAUAAUUUGAAAACAAGUUAAAUUUGUCCCUUUCAGUACUCCAUAGUGCUACAAAAAUGCUCCAUCCCAUGGAAGGGUUGCACCUGCAGAAAGUUUUGCACAUGUUAACUAUCCAGUUUGUACUGUAUGUAAAGUCUUCGAGACUUGUUCCUAUGUAUACAAAAUGGGCUCUUUAGAUUUGUUGGCUCUCCCACCCCCUUUAUGGAACCUGUUUGCAUGAGCAUCUUAGGCAAGGAGACCCCUCAAUCUUCUUGUGGAAGUCUGUUCAGUGGGUUGUAUCCAUUGGUAAUCUCACCUAAGUCCUAUUCAUUUCAAUGGGUCUACUCUAAGAAGGACUAAUAGUGGAUACAACCCAGCAUACAGAAACUGAUCUUUGGAUCCCAGUAUAAAAAGUCACCUGGAAAGAAAAAGGAUUAACGUGUUGGAUUUUAAUUUGGCUUCACAGGGUGCCAGUUCAAAUCUGGGUAUUUGUUCACAGUGAUAUUCAAGUCUGCAGAAGCUGUUUUGUUUUAGUUUGGCUUGAGAACAGAUUGUUUGUUCUUAUGGUACCCACAGCAGUUUCUCCAGGCAGCGUUAUGUCACUGGUGGAGGGGAGGCAGCGUUAACCCUAGUGCACCUCUGUAACAUAAUGUAUUAAUGGUUUCUCAAAUGGAAAAAGUCAACAGCAAGCGCUCUUUAAGGAUGGCCUGUAUUCCUUCUGCAUGAGAAAGUGUUGAUGUACUAAAUAAUCGGUUUUGUUUAUUUCCCUUGAGGGAUCUCUGGCAGAUUGAGCCAAUCCUUGUUACUAUGCAGUAUCUUUUCAUUAAACAAAGAAACUGGUGUGUA